AUGAUGCGGAAGAAUUACAAUCUCAUGCUACAGUUGCACAUGUGUUUGUGUAUUAGACAUUUAUUGCUAGAAAUAUGUCGUUUUAGGACAUUUAUUAUUGCAUUAAUUUAUAAUUAGAUGAUAUAAGUGAAAUGACAAAUUGCUUAAAGACUACGAUUUCUGCUGUUGGUUGAGCUUGGUAAACAGUAACGUAUUUGAACAGUGCUAGCUAGCUACAAUGUUAUAGUGUGUUAUGGUGUCACAUUGAUUCAUUUAGCACAUGAAACAUUUGUAGCACUGACACGUCACAUAACUGGACAGUCAAUCUACCAUGACUAUGACGGAGGAAGCACCGAGUGUCCCUGAGUGCUACAUCUCAGAACAUGAAGGGUUCUAUGGAACCAUCAAGAACUUCAGCAGAGACUUUGUAGUCACAGAGAUAGACAUCCAUGGCCAGAUGGUCACUAAACCCAGUGUAGCUGAUGUUUCUCAAUCAUCCAUCAUUACUGAGGCAUGUCCAGGUGCCAAGUCUGAAGGAAAGACAAAUAUUAUUAGCCCAAAACAUCAACACAUCCUCAAAGAAGAGAAUUCAGAACCUGGACCCAGUCAGAAUGGAGACAUCGCAUCCACUGCCAGCCAAGACUGUUUUGACCUGAGCAUAAUACUGGGUCAGGCUGUCUGUGAAGAGCUAGAGCAGUUCACUGCUUUAUUGAGAGAGAUGUCAUCAAGUCCCAAUGAUGGCGUUGAGAAGAAGCUGGCCAACCAAGAAUCAUCCAAUGGCAGUGAGAAGAAGAUGGCCAAUCAAGAGUUAUCCCUGGGUUCAUUCCCAGACAAACACCAAAGAGCUAAUGUCCACCGCGCUGUCCGACACAGCUUUCCCUUCCUGUUGACAGUAACCAACCAAUCAGAGAUCAGGGUUAAGGAGGACCCUGACUUUAAGCUCCUAUCAGGUUUGGUCUCCGAGGAGGAGGCCGAAGACUUUAUCAGGUUCAUCGACACCAAGAUGCCUAAUUCUGUGUACACAUUCAGGAGUGAUGACAGUAAGGAGCACAGGACGGCAGUGCACCACUUCCUCAGUAGACGGUUUGGUAAACUGGUGGAGACCAAGAGCUUCAGUGACCAGCAGCAGAAGACUACGGCCAUUACGGUCCGGUUGAGAGAAAAAGGGAAACCCAGGAAGAGGACGGCUGAUGACAGUAAAGAGGAAGAGGUCUAUACAGCGUUCACUCUGAGGAAGGAGAACCUAGAGACUCUGGAGGCUAUCAGCUACAUGGCAGCUGUCCUGGGGGUGCUGCCCUCUGACUUCACCUACGCUGGCAUCAAGGACAAGAGGGCCAUCACCUACCAGUCCAUGGUGGUCAAGAAGAUCUCACCACAACGACUCCAGGGGAACCACUUUGACCUGGUGGUACGGGAUCUGAGGCCACACCAGGGUCAUGGCACACUGAUGGAGCUGGACUCACUGGUGCAGGAGGCUGUGGAGAACGUAAAGGUCAAGGGGUUUGUGAACUACUAUGGACCUCAGAGGUUUGGGACUGGACAGAGUGUUCAGUCUGACCGCGUCGGACUGGCCCUGCUCAAAGAGGAAAUGGUGGCAGCUGUCCGUCUGUUUUUCACACCAGAAGAGGGUGAUGAUCCUCAGAGCGUUGCCAAGAGACACUUCCUCCAGACUGAUAAUGCCAAGGAGGCCCUGUCUCUGAUGCCCAUGUCCAAGGCCAGAGAGAGGAUGAUGCUGAGGGCCCUACAUCGCUAUGGGACGGGCCCAGAGGGCUGCACCCGUGCCUGGCUCAGCCUACCCCAUGGGAUGAGGGUCUUCUACCCCCACGCAUACUGCAGCCGGGUCUGGAACGAGGCGGCUGCACACAGGCUGACCACGCUGGGCCACAGGGCCAGGCAGGGAGAUCUGGUCUGGAAGCAGAGGAGAGAGGAGGGGAUAGAGGCGGGAGAAACCAGCUUACCUCAGAUUCAUGUUGUUACUGCUGCAGAGGAGGAGGAGGAAGUCUACUCACUAGGACAGGUGGUUCUUCCCAUGCUUGGCAACAGUGUGAAGUACCCAGAGAACCCUGUAGGGGGCUGGUACCAGGAGAGACUGGCGAGGGAUGGACUACAGAGCUGUCGUUUCAGAGUCACUCCUCUCAAACUGAACCUCCCUGGCUGCUACCGCCCCUUACUGGCCAUCCCACAUAGCCUGACCUACAGGCUGGAGCAGGGCCAGAGAGCUGGGGAGAGGCAACAGGAGUGGAAUGGAAAGUCACAGGCUAGUGGAGUGGUAACACAGUACCCUGACACAGAUACAACUAGACCUGGAGGUCUGGAGAGACAGAGAGGAGGGGAGUCAACGGUGCAGUACCCUGACACAGAUACAACUAGACCUGGAGGUCUGGAGAGACAGAGAGGAGGGGAGUCAACGGUGCAGUACCCUGACACAGAUACAACUAGACCUGGAGGUCUGGAGAGACAGAGAGGAGGGGAGUCAACGGUGCAGUACCCUGACACAGAUACAACUAGACCUGGAGGUCUGGAGAGACAGAGAGGAGGGGAGUCAACGGUGCAGUACCCUGACACAGACACAACUAGACCUGGAGGUCUGGAGAGACAGAGAGGAGGGGAGUCAACGGUGCAGUACCCUGACACAGAUACAACUAGACCUGGAGGUCUGGACAGGCAGAGAGGAGGGGAGAGCGUGCAGGGUAAUGGAGAGGGGGAGUCAACGGUGAAGUACCCUGACACAGACGCAACUAGUUUGACCUUGAACUUUGAGGAGGAGUCUUCCUGCAGUACCACCAUCUGCCUCAGAGGUCAUGAAAUGUGA